AUGUCGGACUUAUUCUCCGGUAUAACAAGCUCGAUAAAAAGUGCAGCAACGGCAAUUUCGCGAAAUGAGCAUGUUCGAAAGAUAACGGAAGUUGUGAAUGAUCAAAUAAUGGGUUACACAGAGGUCGAAUUGGCGGUGAGAGAAGCGACAAAUGAAGACCCCUGGGGACCAACUGGUCCGCAAAUGAAGCAAAUUUCGAAUUAUUUACGUCGUGGAAGCUCGGAGGAAUAUCGAACGGUUUUUGAAUUGAUAUUCAAUCGUAUGCUUCAGAAUAACAAAGACGCAUGGAGAAGAGUUUACAAGAGUUUGGUGCUUCUCGACUACUUGCUGAAAAAUGGAAGCGAGCGUUUCGUCAGCGAUGCUCGCGACAAGAGCUACGAAAUUCGACGUCUGGAAAGCUACAAGUAUAUCGACGAGAAAGGAAAAGAUCAAGGAAUCAACAUUCGCCACCGUGCCAAGCUUGUGCUCCAGCUUCUCAAUGAUGACGAUCUCUUGAAAGCGGAGCGCCAGAAAGCAAUGUCGGAUGACAAGAGCAAAUAUCGAGGAUUUGACAAGUACGACAUGAUAAAUGAAUCGUCGUUCCGCUCGUCAUCCUCAUUCAAUGGAUCUGGUAACUGGUCGGGUAGUGGUACCAGCAAUUAUGACUACGACAAGAAAUCCAUUGAGAACAAGGAGGUCUCCAACUUUUCCUUUGACAAAUCGCCAAAUAAAUUGGAUGUCGAACCGACGAAGAUAAUUGGAGACGAUGAUGAUGAUGGUUUUGGAGACUUUGUGAGCUCCAGAUCAGCACACUCAACUCCAUCAGCGACCAAGGCGAAUACAGCUAGUGCUACACGCGUCGAUGAUCUUUUUGCCGCCGCCAUUCCGCCACCAAUCGCUCCACCACCGGCUGCUUCUCAACCCGCCGCACUUCCACGAAAGCCAUCACUCACCAAUGAAGUCUCCAAUGUGGAUCUUCUUGGUGGAUUUGAUGCUCCGACAAUUCCAACUAUUGAGGCUAACCGUCCAUCACGCCCGGCUCCUGUUGAUCCGGUCAUCGAUUUAUUCGCACAAAUAUCCUCGACACCUGUGGCUUCUGCACCAGCCGCUGCACCAGCGCAAAACAAUAUCGAUUUAUUUGGUUUCGGUGCCGCUCCAAUCGCCGCCACCACCACGCCGACGUCCAAUUUCGAUGCUCUCGGAAGCUUGUCAUUCACCCCAGUUGCUCCAACCCCGGUUAUCACUUCUCCAAGUCUCACUGCAGUUCCAAAGCCUGCUCCAGCCCCUGCUCAAACCAAGAAGGUUGGAAGCUCCUUCCAAGGAUUGGACGAUUUUAUGAAUCUCUCAUUAGGAUCGUCAUCAAAUUCUGCCCCAAAGGCAAAGACGCUGAACGAAAUGCGCAAUAGUCAGAAAUAG